AUGCAACGAGCAGCUCGUCUUUCGACGAGGGGCCUCGCCUUACGACGGCGAACGGUCCUCUCGUGCCGAUGCGCGUCCACGUCAACCAGCGCGCCUCACGAAGAAUGCGACGUGGUCAUCGUCGGAGGAGGACCGGCUGGUCUCGCGCUCGCGACUGCUCUAGGGACGUCUGAUGUCGUACGAGCGUCGCAUAAGGUCGUCCUCGUCGAGGCUGGCAGCCUGUCCAAGAUUCGUGAAUGGACCAUGGGCCCGUCCGAGUUCUCGAACAGGGUCAGCUCCAUCACAAACGCAAGCAAAUCGCUUUUGGAGCGCAUAGGGGCAUGGUCACUUGUAGACACGACGAGGACAAUGCCCAUCGAAGCGAUGCAGGUGUGGGACGGGUUGUCGGACGCCCGGAUCACUUUCGAUGCCGCCGAGGCGGGCCUAUCACCGCUUGGCGGGAUGGCCACGCUCGUUGAGAACCUGAACAUCCAGCGUGCGCUCCUCCACCGGCUUGCGCAGACGCCCGCGGUCGAGCUUGCCGACGGCGUGCGCGUGGAGCGCAUCUCGCCCGACGAUAUCGAGGGCGGCGGCUGGCCGGUUGUGCACCUCUCCGACGGCCGGCGCCUCCGCGCCCGGUUGCUCGUCGGCGCAGACGGCUUCAACUCGCCCGUGCGCGCGUACGCGCGCAUCACCUCCACCGGCUGGGCGUACCCGACCCACGCUGUCGUGGCGACGCUGCGUCACCCGCCGCUCUCGCCCUUCCGCCGCCCGCCGACGAACUCGACCGCGUACCAGCGAUUCCUGCCCACCGGCCCCGUCGCGUUCCUCCCGCUCUCGGACACGGCCGCGAGCCUGGUGUGGAGCACGACGCCCGCGCUCGCGCAGGCGCUCAAAGCGCUCGACGGGGACGGGUUCGCCAGCAUGGUGAACGCCGCGUUUCGCCUGCCGGAGCGCUCGAUGCGCUACCUCCACGCGCGGCUGCUCGAGCCCGCGGCGCCGCUCGGCGCCGAGGAGCUCAAGGCGGAGAUCGCGUGGCGGGAGGCCUCGCACGGCGUCGACCCGCACUCGGCCUACGCCUCCGCCUCAUCGCUCGUCACCGACGAGGGCAUCCCGCCCGCGGACGCCGGGGCGCUCCCGCCCCUGAUCACGUCCGUCCAGCCUGGCACCGUCGCGUCCUUCCCGCUGCGCUAUAACCACGCGGACGCCUACCUCGGCGAGGGCGCCGGCGCGCGCACGGUCCUCGUCGGCGAUGCGGCACACACCGUGCACCCGCUCGCGGGGCAGGGGCUCAACCUCGGCCUGGGCGACGUCGACGCGCUCGCGCGGUGCAUCAUCGCAGCCGCCUCGCGCGGCGGGGAUAUCGGGGCCUAUACGGCGUUGAUGCCCUACGCGCGGGAACGGUACUUUGAGAAUCACAAAGUCAUGUCCGCCGUCGACAAGCUUCACAAGCUGUACUCGACCACUGCCGCGCCCGUCGUGUGGGCGCGCUCGACGGGGCUCGAGGUGCUGAACGAGCUCGACACGCUCAAGGGCGUCGUCAUGCGUUCUGCCGGCGCGGACGUCACCGACUCGGGCCAAGGGGCUGCGUGGAAGUGGGCGAUGGGUACGGCGGCGGACGCGGUGAGCGGAGCGACGAACGCGGUGAGGACGGCGGAGAUACUCGGCGGGGCUCUGGGCAACGUCGCGGCGGGCGCGCUGAGGAACGCGGUGCUGGCCGCGACGGAGAAGCGGCAAUAAAUGCGCGUGCAGCUGGCGCCGAUAGUCAUGCACUUCACAGUUUGCAAGUUGUACAUUACACGAUAUGGACAACCAUUCAUGCCACCUGACGCGCCGCAGGUUAACACAACGAAAGCUGCUUCUUGGCCAACGAAAUUAGGGUCGCCAUGCCGGCGGAGUCCAUGCAAGGCAGACGGAAGGUUGCUUGUCCGGUCCAAGACCGAAGACCAGAACCGGGGUCGCGCCACACGGAACGAUCGCUCGCC